UAUCAUUUGCUUUACUUGCAUUUACUUUGUUCUCUAAUCCUUCUUCUCUAUUCUCUUCAUCUCUAAAAAAAAAAACGCAUUCUGUAGUCGCAUACCUCAUUCCUAAUCAUUUGCUGUCUUUCAUUUGCAUCUCAUUCCACAUUCAGCUUUGUAUUGUUCAACUUAGAAAAAAAAAUCUUUGAGCAUUUUUUAAAAAAAAUUAUUUUACUAUUCUACUUACGCGCAUUUGCACAGCCUAUAAAAUUUUAUAAAUAUGGCAUCACGAAUCAUGCACUCACACUCCCCAGCUUAUGAUCAAUGUCCACAGAAUAGUCAUUCAUACCAAAAUCAGCACCAAUAUCAAUAUCAAGAUCAGCAGCCUCCAUAUAACCAUCGCCCUUCAUCAACUCCCCCAUCUUUCUAUCGAAACAGCAGUAAUUCACCAACGGACAGAAUGAGAUGUUGGCCUGAAGAUCCACAAGAACGUGCAGCCAGGUCUUCGCCGGGACCACAACAUAAACAUACUUCAUCUCACCACUCUUCAUACCCAACGUCAUAUUCAAUCAAAAGCGCUUCUCUUUCCUACGGCUCACCAAGAAGCAUCUCAGUAGGUCGCUUGCCUCAUUCUCCACAGCCAGAACAAUAUUCACCAUCACAACAGGUUCCAUAUUCGAGACAAAGCGAACAGGACGAGGGAUACCAUGAACCACACUAUUCACAAGAGUCAAGGUCUCAUAGCAAGACCUUCAAGAGUCCAUCUCCAACUACGCCCAUGAGUCCACCAUCAUCUGUUUCAUACUCUCCGUCUUCUCCGCCUUCUCUGCCUUCUCCGACAUCAAAGUCCAUGGUUUAUGCAAGCAAAGCAUCCAGUGUAUACAGCCCGAUCACGACAACAGUUCUAUCCGAGGAGAAGAUGUUUUCGCAAUGCCUAUCCCCUGAUGCCCAAGUCCCCUUUUCGCCAAAUUUUUCGCAGCCACAGUCGCGUUCGCCUUCGCCUGCGACAGUGUCGAAGGGCGACAGGACAUUGUACGUCGACAUUUCCGCAGCUGCAUCAUCGUUGUCUUUGCUAUCGACUUCAUCGACACCGUCCUGGUCAUGGUCGUCCUCAACACCGACCAUGGCCUCACCCAACGAUCACAAAACAGACAUGGCUAUGUCUGAAGGCCUGGUCCCUAGAUCCACGAGAGAAAGAAAGAGUAGCGAAAGUUCUAGCCUUCGACUACCGGCACGAUAUAAUAAUGUUUCCGGUCUCAAGUUGCGGCUCCCUUGCGGUACUCAUGGAUGCAAACUCCAAUUUUGUACUGAGCAGACCUUGAAAGCCCAUGAGCGCAUCUGUCGACCAAAUGUGACGCCGCCUGUCUUUAUCUGUGAAGAAUCUGACUGUAAGGCAUCGUACACUUCAGUCGAGAAGUUUUCCCGUCAUCUGGUCACGCACAUGCCUGAAAUCAGUCCAGAAGAAGCAAGCAAAUUCCCUUGCAUCCGACCGGACUGUAGCAAGUUCCUUUCGACGCCAAAAAGCCUUAAAGACCAUCUGCAGAUCCACCGAGAGCGUGACAGUAAUGUCAAGCUUCCUUGCCCGAAUAAAGGAUGUAACAAAUUGUUUGGAACGAGUAGGUGCCUAAGGACCCAUGAACUUCGAUGUAGACAAGUCCAAUCGGGUGUAAGGCUGCCCUGUCCUUUUGAGGGUUGCAAGUCCACUUUUGGCAGCACGGAUUACGUGCGUCGCCAUGUGCUCGAUCACGAGAAGGGACUUGUAGGCAAGGAUUUCCAAUGUAACUAUGCUUUCUGCAAGUCGAUCCUAGCAAACCCGUUGACACUUCAGCGACAUGUGCAGCUUCAUGAGGAGCAGUCCAUUGGGAUCGAGUGGAGAUGUCUGUUCGUGGGCUGUGGUAAGCUGUACUCCGGUAGUAAGCAGCUGAAAGACCAUCAGACAAGGAUCCACAAGGACUUGGAUGAGAAUCAUACGUUUGGAUGUGCAUACAGCACUUGUAAAGGCAGAUUUAAAUGCCAAGGAUCUGCAUACAAGCAUGACUGUCUCUAUCGAAAGCAAUGCGGUUUCGAGGGAUGCAAGAUCUUGAUACCAAACAAGAAGAUCUUGGAGGAACACUUAUGGCAUCACAAAACCUUGAUGAGUAACCCUCCUUACCCCUGUUUCGAAGAGGAUUGUCGCAAGAAGUUUUAUUCAAAGACUGGAAUCCUUGCACACUUGGUUUCGCAUAUGGUUGACGCGAACAUUACUGCCAGAACUACAUCUGAGACUCUUACGACCGAGGGGUCUGUCGAUGAAACAAAAGAGAUGACUACAUCUGCUACCGCUGCAACGCCAACAACAACACCAUCAAAAACAGAUACCAAUAAUACCACGGCCUCUGGCGCAUAGCAAAAACCCAUAAACAUGUACAAACAAACAAAUAAAAACACAAAACAAAAACAAAAACACAC